UGCCAUUUCUUUUUCUAGUAAAGAUGACAGCAAUGCAACUGAGCAGAUUUACCUCUGUCUUGUGGAAGAAAGAGGUAAUACACACCAGAAGUAUUGCAGGAUUCCUUCUGAUCUCGUUUUGCCUUCCACACUCCUGCUACUGAGAGGUUGCCAAGAUAUAACAAUCCUGCAAUCUGUUCUGCAGCUGAAAGUGGGCAAUUUUGUUUGUUUCUCUACACUUUGUAUAAUCCUUGCACUAGCUUGGCAAAACUACAAUGGAGAACGUCAUGAGGACUCAUUGAAGGGAAGGCUGACUGAUCCAUGCAGAUGGGAUUACUUGGAAGUUUGCAAGUUCAGAAAGAGUUUUUAAAAUCUAGUUCAACUAAAUUUUGAUUCAGCUAUGGUUUAAGCCAUGGACCAGAUCCCAAAGCUGGAGUGCUCUAAUGAGGGGGCCUAUUCAUUUAUUAUUUUUUUUUUUUUAGAGUUGUUGUUAACUCUCUGAUGCUGCAUCUUGCAGUAUCACACUCCUGAUCUCUAACAUGUCUUCCACCUGCUUCGCUUACCAUCCAUGCAGGACAAGGUGACACCUUUAAUAACGUCCUGGUGGAGCUGUCCUGCAGGUGUGCCUAACAUACACAAGCAGAGAAACAACCAUAAGCAGAACACAAGCGCUUUGCGCAAGUAAAAACUACUGAUGAAGGAAGUUGUUCAGUGUAGGGUAAUUCCUCUCUUGAUCAACUGCUCCUUCUUCCAAGAGCUCCUGUGAAGCUUUGACACCUCCCAAAGCUAUUAGCUUGGAUUUGGUAAGAAUCCUCUGCCUCAUUUUGGAUGGUAGGUGCACCACAUAGUAGAGGUUACCUCUGCACAAGUCCUAGCAAUUGACUGACAGUUUCUCCCCCUUCUCCGAAUGUGAGGUACUGUCUUCUCAACUCUGGGCUCAAGGAAAAGUAGAAGGUGUUAGAGGGAGUAUUCUGCCUACAGUUAAAUCGAGGAGCCAAAUGCGGGUCAGUACAGAGCUCUCCUGUCUGACAGGAGGCAGAGGUAGGCUCCAUCCUUCAGCAUGCCUGUACUGCCCUUUGUCAACAUCUGCCACGUCAGCUUGGGCCUUCAGUGCUCUGUUUGUGUUUUUCUAUGGUGUUGGUUUCCUGCUCUGCAGUCACCCUUGUUUUUCCGUCAUAGUGAAAGUGGCUAUUUGUACUUCACAUGUUUAUUUUCCCUUCGAUUUUAAACCUGCAUCAAGGCACCUUACUGUUUGUGCUGCAGAUGCUGACCCGUGGAUACAUUUGCAGUUGGUACCAAAUACACACCCUAUUGUGUAUGGGUUAUUAACUAGCAGUGGGAAUCUUGAGCUUGUCCAGACUGUGUUCUGUUUGGGUCAAGGUCUCUCUCCAGUUUGCUUGAUAUUCACUUUGAAGUGUUUGAUUAACACCUGGUUAAAGGAAGUAAAGAAAAGUCCUCUCACACCUCUGCAAGCCCUGCCAAAGCACACGUUACCAUUGCGGUGAUUAGGAUAGAACCUUUGAGUACUACAGCUGAAAUUGGCACCAGCUCCAGGUAAGUCACAUUUUCUCACCAAAGCUUUUUUGCUUUCUUGAACCCUCCACCCCAACUCCUAUCUAUAAAAUAGAGCCAGGGUGAUUUUGCCAGAUCAUGGGUUAUGUUAAAUUGUGUUCGUAACGAUGAUGCUGGACAAGGUGUAUCUCUGUUGAAGUCGGUAUAAAGAUGUCAUAGAGAAACCAAAUAUUCUUAGGAAAGUAAUUUUUAUUGUUUUGAUCCUCGCGUAGCACAUAGGGAGAGCGAGCUUUUGGGAUGAUGUGGCUUUCAGAAACAGUGUGCAUAAAGGUAGGAGAAAGCAGUGCUUGGACACUGGCCUUUUCUCAGAGUUGUUGGGUUGUUUGAAUUGAGGGUCUGUUAUUUUCCCUAAAAUUUUGAAUUACAGCUGUGGCCUCUUGGUCUUUUUCUCUGCUAGGCUUUGGUUUGUUAGAGAGCAGUGAAUGGAGAAGUUCACUCAAAUGAGACUUUGUUGUCCCUGAUAGCAGGAGCUGGACUGAAUGACCCUGGAUGCCUAUGAGUGCUGUUCUGCUUCCACUUCUCUUCUGACCCAAACUCAGCGUGGUGGUGCAAUAGCCUGGCCAAGCGACUUGUUCUGCAUAUUCCUAGUGCUUUUAUUCCAGGUUUGAAAUAUAUUUGUCACAUCUACGAAACUGAAGAGUGAAGAAAGGAAAGCCAGGCAAGCAUAGAAAGCAUCAGUAUUUGGCAGCUUGAGAAGAUCCUGCCUUUUUUCUGGCUUCCCCAGCAGAGCUCGCGUACACUGAAAGACAGCUAGUAGGCCUUGAAGUGAACAAGGAUGAGGUAUGGUUCCUUAAACAUCAGGGGGCUCAUCUUUUUCAGUGCUCAACUCCCAUGGAAGCUGGUUUGGGAAGUAAAUGCCUACAUGUCUUUGUGAAGGAGUCCCCAAGUCCCUCAGCGAAAAGAUGAAGACAGGUGCCUGGGAGGCACAGAGAAAGGUUUGAUUUGCAGAUUCUAGGGAAUCAGACAUCCUACAGGUAUUGGUAAUCCAUUAAUUUACUUAGCGUUUUUCUGUUAAUAAUGAACAUCAUGAAGGACAACUCGCAACAAGAGUACCUGCACUGAGGUAGCACCCAGUACCUACCGCAGUGCUGCCUUUUGCCAGCUACUGUAGAGGUAAUAAAUCAGUCAAGGGAUGUCAAAGUUCAGUUUCCAGGGGGAAAUAAUGAUUUUACUCAGGAAUGGAGUGUGCCUUCCUUAAUAAGGGACACUUAGCAGCAUGGGAUCUCAUCUCUGUACUCUGUCACUCCCUUCCAUGUGAUGAUGUACCGUUUUUUUCUAAAAGCCACCAACCCUCACUGGAUCAAUGAGGCCUGAUCAAUUGUUUUUCCCUCUGAAUUAUCCAUAUGGGCUUGUUAGCUGAGCUGCUGGCAGAAAACAAGAGGCAGCUUUCUGUCUGUUUACUGUAAAGAAAGCAAAGCAAACUCCAGGAGGGGACAGGCUGCAGGAUAUUUACUGUCAAUACAGCCGGAGAGAGAGAGGAGAUAUAAGGAGAGGGGAGGAGAGGGGAGCAGAGGCUGCAGACUGCAACUCAAAUGAAUGAUCUGAGUGUAAAAAUACCUGUGCAGCUUCAAACGGGCAGUGGGUGGAUUGAAGUCAACCAGGGAUAGCUGAGAGUGUUUAACAAAUGGUUUGGUGAAGGGCUAGUGAAGCAGGGAAGUACUUGUGGCACACGGAAUAAUAAUGGUGUGCAUGAGCAGACUGAACCUGCAGUGCAAUCUGAAAAGCACUUCCAGAUCUGCCCUGAGACAGAGCGGUAGCUGGGGCAUUUCCCUGUGCGCCUGCAUGCUAGACCCACCAUUUAAAAGUAAUAAGGUGAAUAAUAAUGAUUGAACUUAAGAAAUAAUAAUUGGAGCUAGUUUUCCAAAGCAGCUGGAUGUCACCACUGUAACUGAGACCAGAAAAGAAAUAUUAAAAAAUAGGCAUAAUUCCUUGCUUCUCCCUCUCCUCUUCUUCAUCCGCAGCGGAAUUAGGUGACCUGAUCUUCACAGGACAAGAAGGCUCUGAGCAGCUUGCCCUGAGUGUCCCUCUAAUUCCAGAGGCAGGUAAACAAGCGAAGAGUGAAUUCACACGUUAAAGAGCAGCGAAGACCAUCUUGCCAUGAAACCAUUCACAGAUGAAGAUGUAGAAAUCUACAUCCAGAGCAAGGUGGAACAGCGACAAUGUCUGGUUUCCAAAGCAGUGGAGGAGGUGCAGAAAAUCAUCCAGCAACUGACUGCAGAGAUCAGCUAUAAAGCUACACGAUUCCAGGCUAUCUCCAACUCUGGCAUUCACAAUGAGAAUAUUAAGGAUCAGCCAGCUUUACUGGCCAAGUGGUCAGCUAUGCUUCGGGGGAAGCGCCCGUUCCACCCAUCCAUCCAGGUCUUAGCACCCAGCCAAUUCCUCAUCACAGUCCCUCUGCGUGGCCUGACUGGGUACAGGGAAUGCCAGGUACGGCACUGGCGUUAUUACACCGUGCAUGGAGCCAAGCUCCUGUCCUCCGUGCGGGACCCUGAGGAAUUGCAUCAAUGGCUAGAGGUGGAGCAGUUCUCAAAAAGCCUUCAGCAGUGGCAUGAAAAAGAUGUGAACAUCGAAGGUGAUCUGGUUCCAGCCAAAGUCCUUAUCGUCUUCCGGGAGCUGGUGGAGAAGUCGAUUAUCUCCUGUAACCUCUCCAGUAAAGUGACAGUGCUGGAGAGCUUCAGCUCAGUGGUCCGGGUGGCUGUGGAGACAUCAGAAACCCAGGUUGAGGUGGAGCUGGUCCCUGCUGUGGAGAUUCCAACUUGCUGGCCCGAGAAAGCCAGAUGGCCUCGUUGCCUUAAGCGUUGGCCUUCCCAGGAAAAAGUGCAGUGCAUCAAGUCACUUGGUUUCGACCUUUUGGCCCGCUCCAAUUAUCACUGGCAGCUGUGCUUCUCCCGUGCUGAGCAUAUACUCAUGGAAGGCCUCGAUGAAGAUGGUGGUUGUCGCAUGAAGUGCUUCAGGGUCAUGAGGCAGAUGAAGGAAGAUGUCUGGUGUGCUGGAAAUAAGCCUGUCAUCACAGCUUAUCACCUUCAGACAGUGCUAUUCUGGACGUGUGAAAAAUACCCACGCACCAAGGAUUGGCGCUGCUUCCCUGAAGCCUUUCUGAGGCUGGUGCAGAAGCUGCACAAGUGUGUAAGCCAGCACUUCCUCAAGCAUUACUUUGUUAAGAACACCAAUCUGCUCAAAUAUGCCAACACCAGUGACCUGGACUUGGUGGCCAGCAAGCUCGCGGUCUUCUUGGAGAACCCUGUCUUCUGCCUGGACUAAGGCAGGAAAAGGCCUCCUCACCCCAAGCCUGAGCAGAUCCCUCGCCUCCUCUCCCCACCUGCGGUUGUUCUUCGUGUCCUUCCAGUACAUGUUGCAGCUGGCUUUGUAAGACAGUUGGCACAUGCAGCGUGAAAGAGAAGUGUCAAGCUGGCAGCAGUGGGCGGUGAAAACUGAUGGGAGGUAUUGCUUGAUGCCCAGCUGAUCUAAUUUGCUUUCAACAGUGACAGCCUGCCUGGAAGCUCCAGCCAGUGAAACCCAACUUUCUGUGUCAGUCAGAGCAGGAAACUGCCUUGUUCUCUGCCUCUAAUCUUGUGACACCUAAGCAGAGCGAUGGUGCAGAGAAGUCUGGCUCUGCUGCCUACCCGCUGUGUAACCUAGCACCUGUAUUGUUGCUGCCUCCCCCUUUCUCACAAGGACAGUGGGUUUGAUUCCCUGCUUGCCUCCUCACAGGCCAGCUCUGCAGAAGAGCAGAGGAACCCUUUCUGAAGUGUACUGAAGCUGGAAGCUUCCUCAGAGGCACUUUGAUGCCUCCAUCUCCAAUUAGAUGGGAUCCUGUUCCAGUACAAAGGUAGCCAUGCAGCUAGUGUUGAAUAGCUUAAGGGAAGCAAGAGGAGAAAUGGUGGGGUUUGCCACCUCUUCAUUUUUCUCUCUACUUCCAUUUUUCUUCCAGUUGCUUCGAAUAAGUUUUCUUCGUGUUUGCCUUUGCCAGUUAUGUUAGUGCCAUACAAGGAGGGUAUUUUGCAAGAGCAGAUUUCACUCCCACCCCUGGCUCCAUCCAGCAGGCUGGAGGAGGAGCAGGUCUUUCCCUAGUUGUUUGCACCCACAUAUUUUUGGGUGGUGUACAGAGGGAGAGUAUUUUUUCAAAGGCUGUUAGCUCCAAAACCCCCAGUGCUUUUCAUAUUAUAUAUGUUUAAAUAGAAAAUCAGUUUUAGUGUUUCAAAAUAACAGAGUUCUAGAAUGAGUAUAAAGAAUGUUGGCUUUGAUGUUAUUAAAUCACUGAAACUAAA